ACCAUUAACAACCAUCUAAUAAAAUCGCAACAAAUAUGUGAUUUUCUUGCGCAUUAAAAAUGGAGGAAUCACCUUACCUGCACAGCCCCUACCAGGUGUCCAUCAUCGCCACCGAUCUGCACCACGAGGACACCAUAAUCCAAGCAGCCCAGUCCCUGGACUGUCUACACAAAACAAUAAACUCGAUUUUCGAGCGAAUCGAUGCCCGCUUGGCGAGAAAUGGUUCAAAGGUUGAGGACAUAAACAAUCGUGUGAAGCGCGCCCAGGCGAAAAUCGAUGCGCUCGUUGGCUCCAGGCGGGCCAUCCAGAUCUUUGCACCCGCUCGCUUUCCGGCCGGCGACGUCCUGGCCCCGCUCCUGGCCACCUUUCCCCAGGUGGUCUCCGAUCCGCUGAUGGAGGAGCAGUUGCAGGAGCACCAGUCGCAGCGCUCGCAAUUCGGCAGUCCUCCAGACGAGAAGCAGGAGGAUGGGGACAUCUUCUUCCAUGUGCGCGGCGACCGGGAGCAUGAGGCGCCGCUGGUCGCCGAACGGAAGCUAACCAAUCGCACGGCGGGCCUGGGAGCCCUUCCCCUGGCCGGAAUUCGUUCCGUGCCCUCGCUGAUGCGCUUCAACACCAAUGAGUUCGCCUACGGCGAGGAUCUGAAUGCCUGGAAGCGCUCGCUGCCGCCGCAAAGUGCCCGUCGAGUGGCCAGUCAGUCCAUGAGGCCCACGGCGGAUAAGCUGCUGGCUCCGGCUCCCCAUUCGCUGGCCCAUGGCACCACCAAACUGGCCACGCCAGCCGGGGAUCUGCGCUACAAUCCUGCCGCCCUGGCUGCACCCGCCAUCGAUGUGCCGCUAGAUCUGCCCGAUCUCCCUGGCAUAGCCAAUGAUCUGCAGUACGAGCCUGUGGAGGAGCAGACACCAAUAGCCCCCUCCCAGCAGUUCGGCGACCUGCCAGAUCUGCCCGACUUGGGCCUGGAGGAGCAGGAGAUCACGGUGCAGGCCAUAGCGGCACAGACGCACAUUCCAGGACCCUCCAGGAAGACGGGUCUGGGUCAGUGCCCAUCGCCAGUUACGACGGCACCGCCGCCGCCUCCUCCACCACCACCACCGCCACCUCCGCCGCCGCCAGAGCAGAGAAUUCCAUCGCCGCCACCUUUUCCCACCAAGGGAGCUGUGAAACCGCUGUCUCCCUCACUAUCCACGCCCCUUAAAAUGCCACCGCCGCCUCCGCCCACUGAAGAUCCCAGAUCCGAGCUAAUGGCCGCCAUCCGGAACGCCGGAGGAGUGCACGGCGGACGUCUGCGCUCGCAGGCGGCUGCUCCGCUCGAUGUGGUGGACAACACACGCUCCAAGGCGGGAGCCGCUGCCACGGGGGAUCUGAUGGCGGACCUGCACAACAAGCUGAUGCUGCGUCGCAAGGGAAUCUCGGGAAGCCAGAAUCCCGGGGAGGCCACCGCUGGCAAUCCCCUGAUGCAGCAGCUCUCGCGGGUGAUUCCGCCGCCGGUGCAGCCGCGCAAGGGAUCUCAGUCCAGCGAUGAGGCGCCCUCCGAGGAGGAUGAAGACGGGUGGAACUAGCGGAAUUCUCCUCAUUUACUUAGCUUUAGCACCGGUUAAAGUGCCUUGGCUGGCUUUAAGCACUAGCUUCUCUAGCUUAAACUAAACCAAUCUCUAGAAAGAAUUCCAAAUUCUGUGCCCAAGCGAGCAUGCCAAAUUACAUAGGUCAAAGUCAAGCAGUUGAAUAAAAUUAACUGACAAAAA